UGCACAAGCAUGGAGGCGAAUUUUUCGGUUGAGUUACCAGUCAAAGCCGGGGUUUUGUCGCUGCCGGAAGAAUCAGGAUGCAGUUCGGGAGCUUUUUGGUCGCGAUGAUAUUGGGAUUUCUGCUGUUCACGUCGAUUUGGGGAGCGAUGCAGGAAGGUGACGAAGAACAUGUGCAGAAGCCAUCGAAGCAUCGGAAGCAGAGCAACAAGUACGACAUCAGUUUCUUCGAUCUGAAGACGAAUCGGACGUUUCGGUAUCCGGUGGUGAGCUUUGCCAAGCCGGGAUCCGGAGGGGAAGUGGACGAUGAUCGAGCGCGACAGGAAGUGUACGGAAAUCAGUGCAAGUGUGAGGGUUUACAGUGUGGGUGCUGCAUGGGAAUGAGGAUUCAUCAGCUUGGGUUCAAUCAACAUUUUUGCACAAACCUGGCCUACGAUCCGUACGACUUCGCGAUCAAUCUGGACGUCCUGAUGAACGACAGCAGCAUUUUCCAGAACUCCAUAUCGGCUAAGAACCCACCCCCCGUCUGUCUUCCGGUCCCGAUUCCGUACAUCCCGCUCAACGCCGAUAUCUGCAUCCGGUUGUUCGAUAUCUACACGCCGAGGCGCAAUCUUCACGCCUGCUUGGACAUCGAGGCCCGCGUUUGGCGCUACCCGUUGAUGAUCCUGCACUUUGACUGCAUGCGAAUGGGUCAGGAUGGAUUUACGCUACUCAAACCGGAAGAUGGCGAUGGAUUUGAAGCCUUGUAUCCGGAACUGCCCUCCGAACAGCAAGCAUCCGUGGACGUCUACGACGAAGUGGAAGGCAUUAAAAAGGGACUAACGAAUCGAAUUCAAUAAAUCAA